AUGCCGCCGGCAGCCGGCGUUGUUGGUGCUCCUAUGGUUCAACCACCAGCUAUGGCAUCCGAAACAUACGCUAAGGACGCAAUUAUAGCGUGGUAUAGAGGAGAAUUCGCUGCUGCAAAUGCAAUCAUUGAUGCGCUUUGUAAUCAUAUUACUCAGCUAGAAAGCGGCCGAUCGGAAUAUGAAUCGGUUUUAGGUGCCAUACACAGAAGGAGACUGAAUUGGAUCCCAGUUCUUCAGAUGCAAAAGUAUUAUUCCAUUGCUGAUGUCACUCUCGAGCUACGUAAAGUCGCUGCUCGAAAAGUUACUGACAGAAUCGAAGUCGGAUCCCAGGCCGUGAAAAAGAGUGAAGUAACGAAAGAGUCGUUGAAUGGAAUGAAGAAUUUCCAAAACGGAAGCGGCGAGGUGGUAGAUGAAGAUACGGUCAGAGAUGAAUCAAAUGGAUCGCCGGAAAGUGAGAUCACGGAUACAGGAUCCCAAGAAGCACAGCAUUUCCUGGAUUCUGAUGAAUUUUGCACAAACCAUGAAAACUGCGAGGAGAGGCAUGACCAGAUCAAGAUGACAAAGGGGUUUGUGUCAAAGGAACCAGUCAAAGGACAUAUGGUGAAUGUUGUGAGAGGUCUUAAGUCAUUUGAAGACGUUUUUACUCGGAAUGAACUCUCUAAAUUAAAUGACCUUGUGAAUGAACUUCGAGUUGCUGGUCAAAAUGGUGAACUCUCAGGUGAAACUUUUAUUUUGUACAACCAGCAGGUGAAGGGCAGCAAAAGAGAGCUAAUUCAGCUUGGUGCGCCAAUUUUCGGGCAUGUAAAAGAGGAUGCAACCUGUCAAAAGAGUUACAAUGAGCCCAUUCCAGCUCUUCUGCAAAGAGUCAUAGACCACCUGAUUCAGUGGCAUCUAAUAUCAGAGAGUAGAAGACCUAACAGCUGCAUCAUCAACUUCUUUGAUGAGGGGGAGUUUUCUCAGCCUUUCCUGAAACCACCUCACUUGGAACAGCCAGUAUCCACCCUUGUUCUGGCUGACUCAAUGAUGGCAUUCGGACGAACGCUUGUAUGCGACAGUGAAGGGAACUACAAAGGGUCGCUCAUGCUUUCUCUAAAAGAGGGGUCUCUUUUGGUCAUGAGGGGAAAUAGUUCUGAUAUGGCCAGACAUGCCAUGUGCUCAUCUGCUAAUAAAAGAGUUACAAUUACAUUCUUCAAAGUCAGAACAGAGAUGGAAAACAACUUUUCAGAAGCUGCUCCUCUGACUAGAGCCAUGACCUUAUGGCAACCUGGUGUUCCAACACAAUAUGCAACUGCAAAUGGACGACACAAUGGUUAUGAGCCAAUGGAUGUGAGCCCCAAAUGGGGUGUUGUUCGAGCUCCGAUGGUUAUGCUAGCACCAGUGCGUCCAGUUGUUAUGAGCCCCCGGAGGGCUCCUCGUGGUGGUACUGGUGUAUUUCUGCCAUGGAAUGGUGGAUCCAGAAAACCUGCAAAGCAUCUUCCACCGCGUGCUCAAAGAGGACGGUUCCUUGCGCUACCUCCCCCUGGUGACUCGCCAAAAUCCGAGACUGCUUCAGAACCAAGUUUGGAUCUUGAUGGCAAAUCACCAUAG